ACGAUUGCAAACCGCACGGUCCCUGUCGUGUUCCGCCAACGCUUUAGCGCUUGCGAUGGCAAAACCCUGCCCUAUCGGCUCGUCCUGACCAACAUGUACGGCUCCAACUGCUCGCGGUGCCCGUACAAUGCGUACUGCACGGGCUGCACCGUCCCUGGCCAACGUUCCUUUAUGCGAAAGCUGCAGCGCGACCAAAAGCAGGCUCUUCUCGCUGCUGGAGAUGAUGCCGCCAGCAGCGCCGCAGAAGAGGCUGUCGCGCCUGUCGACGAGAAUGACGCCGACGCCGACGCCGACGCUGAGGAUGAGGCUGGCGACGAGCUCGUCCAGUUGCGGUCGUCGGAGGCCAUUGUCAUUGAGUGGCUCACUUGCGAUUUCUACCAUUCCGAAACCGCGAAUCGUGUGGUGAAUUUUGCCGAACGGAAUGGAGCUGCUGCUGGCGACGCUGCUGCAGCUGCAGACGACGCAACGCUCACCCUGGAAAAGUGCUUUGCCGCCUUCACCACAGAAGAAAACCUGGGACCGAACGAUCACUGGUUUUGCCCCAACUGCAAAGACCUGCAACCUGCCGCCAAGCAGUUCCAUCUGUGGAAGCUUCCCGACGUUGUUGUCGUUCAUCUCAAGCGCUUCCAGUACUCCAAGUCGUGGCGCGACAAGAUUGAAGCGAACAUUCACUACCCGAUGCGGGGCCUCAACCUGGCGCCGUUUGUGGCCGCGGAAGCGCAGCUGCACAACGAGCCCGAUACUAUGCUCUACGAUCUUGUCGGCGUUGUCAACCACUUUGGCGGCAUGAGCGGCGGCCACUACACUGCGUUUGCGCUGCACGCCCCCACCAACCAAUGGUACAACUACAACGACUCGCAUUGCUCCAAGGCGCAGCCGCACGAGGUUGUGAACAGCGAGGCGUAUGUUCUCUUCUACCAACGCCGCCACUGCGCCUCCGCCGUCAACCUCGACUUGCUGCGCACGACGGAUGCGUCUCCCCUUGCUGAUCCGCCGGUUUCUUCGGCUGUUGAUGCUCAACCGUCGUCGUCGUCGUCGUCCGCUCCGUCUCUUCAUGCAGCCGCGUUCUCGUCAGCGUUGCCGGACGACGGAGAAGUCCUGACGUACCCCCCGCGCACCACUGGUUCAUCUCUUCACGAAGCCGCAAUCGCUGCAGCCCUGCAUGACGACGGAGAAGUCCUGACAUACCCCCGCAAGUCGUUGGUCAUUCCGUAUGACCCGUGGGCACCAGCUGACGGCCCGACCAUUCCACUCCAGUCUUCCGAUGGUCUCGCGCUCACGGGCAGCCCACCGGCGUUGUUUGACGAUGACUUUUACACGUCCAGUGCCAACUUUGCCCCCGAAUCCUCCUCGGCUCUGUCCUCCGCAAGCAGCGCUCUGCCCAAGCAAGAGACGGAAGAGAUUGCAGUCUACGAGAACAAUGGGGAUGUGGACGGCAACGCCACCACGACCACCACGCACAUUCGGCUCGAGUAUAGCGACGACGAAAGCGACCAGGAAGAGCGCGAGCGUGAGGGCGAGCUGGAGCCUCCCCUCAUUGACACGUCCGGGUACUCGCGUCUGGGUGGCAAUGACGACGACGUGCACUCCGAGUCUGACACUGAGCAGCAGGACGCCGCCGCCGCCGACGACGACGAUGAUGGCACCAAUCAAAUUGCUGAGCAGAACGAGUCUGUCGGCUUUCGCUACCUCAAGUCGCAGGUCUCGCUGCAAGACCUCCAUCCCGAAGAGUUAGAGGCCGUGCAAGAGUUCAAGCGCCGUGAAGAGGCCGAGCAGGUCGUCUUCCCCGUGCAGGAGGUGGCUCUUGACCCUUCGCAGCAAGCAGAGUUGCAGGCCAUGUCUGACGCGCUGAGCAAGUAG